CUGGCAGGGUAGCGAGAGCCAGGAGACCAUGGACGGUGCCAUGGGGCUUCAGGCGCUGCUGUGCAUGUACCUGGUAUCCCUUCUCACCCUGCAGGCCAUGCCCGCUUUGGGCUUGGCCACAGGCAGGCCCAAAGGCAGCGAGAAGCGACAGGCUGUGGACACAACAGUUAAUGGCGUGUUCAUCCGGAGUUUGAAAGUCAACUGUAAAGUCACUUCUCGCUUUGCCCACUAUGUCAUCACCAGUCAAGUGGUCAAUACUGCUGACAAAGCCAGGGAAGUGGCCUUCGAUGUGGAAAUUCCCAAGACAGCCUUCAUCAGUGACUUCGCCAUUACGGCUGAUGGGAAUGCAUUCAUCGGAGACAUAAAGGACAAAGUCAGUGCAUGGAAGCAGUACCGGAAAGCAGCCAUCUCAGGGGAGAAUGCUGGCCUUGUCAGAGCCUCAGGCAGAAAUAUGGAGCAGUUCACCAUCCACAUCACUGUUGGACCCCGGAGCAAGGCCACAUUUCAGCUAACAUAUGAGGAGGUGCUGAAGCGGAGACUUACACAAUAUGACAUUGUCAUCAAAGUCAAGCCCAAGCAACUGGUGCAUCAUUUUGAGAUCGAUGUGGACAUCUUUGAGCCCCAGGGGAUCAGCAAGCUGGAUGCCCAGGCCUCCUUCCUCACCAAGGAACUGGCAGCUCAAACCAUCAAGAAGUCUUUCUCAGGAAAAAAGGGUCAUGUGCUCUUCCGCCCCACCGUGGGCCAGCAGCAGUCCUGCCCCAUGUGCUCUACAUCCUUGAUGAAUGGGGACUUCAAGGUGACCUAUGAUGUCAAUCGAGACAAGCUCUGUGACCUCCUGGUGGCCAACAAUUACUUUGCUCACUUCUUUGCCCCCCAAAACCUGACGAACAUGAGCAAGAACCUGGUUUUUGUGAUUGACAUCAGUGGCUCCAUGGAAGGCCAGAAAGUGAAGCAGACCAAGGAGGCACUCCUUAAGAUCCUGGGGGACAUGAGGCCUGAGGACUACUUUGACCUGGUUCUCUUUGGGUCCAAAGUGCAAUCAUGGAAAGGCUCACUGGUACCAGCAUCCCAGGCCAAUCUGCAAGCGGCCCAAGACUUUGUGCAGCGCUUCUCCCUGGCUGGAGCCACAAACCUGAAUGGGGGGUUGCUCCGAGGAAUUGAGAUCUUGAACAAAGCUCAGGAAAGCCACCCAGAACUCAACACCUUUGCUUCAGUUCUCAUCAUGUUGACAGAUGGCGAGCCCACUGAGGGGGAGACGGACCGUUCCCAGAUCCUCAAGAAUGUACGCAACGCCAUCGGGGGCAAGUUCCCACUCUACAACCUGGGGUUUGGCCAUGACCUGGACUUUAACUUCCUGGAGGUUAUGUCCAUGGAGAACAACGGAUGGGCCCAGAGAAUUUAUGAGGACCAUGAUGCCACCCAGCAGCUACAGGGUUUCUACAACCAAGUAGCCAACCCCCUGCUGAUGGAUGUGGAGCUGCAGUAUCCCCAGGAUGCCGUCUUGGCCCUAACCCAGCACCGACAUAAACAGUACUAUGAUGGCUCAGAGAUUGUGGUGGCUGGACGCAUUGCUGACCACAAACUGAGCACCUUCAAGGCUGAUGUGCGGGCUCAUGGGGACAGGCAGGAAUUCAAGACAACCUGCCUAGUGAACGAGGAAGAGAUGAAAAAACUGCUCCGAGAGCGUGGCCACAUGCUGGAGAACCACGUGGAGCGCCUCUGGGCCUACCUCACCAUCCAGGAGCUGCUGGCGAAGCGGAUGAAGGCGGAAGGCCAAGAGAAGGCCAACUUGUCAUCCCAGGUCCUGAAGAUGUCACUGGACUAUCAGUUCGUGACACCAAUGACUUCUAUGACCAUCAGAGGCCUGACAGAUGAGGAUGGGUUGGAGCCCAUCAUUGACAAGUCCCCAGAUGAUUCUCAGCCUUUGGAGAUGGUGGGACCCAGAAGGACGUUCGUGCUGUCGGCCACACAGCCUUCUCCUACAGCCAGCAUCUCUGUCAUCUCAAAGUUGCCAAACCAAGUGACAGGCGUGGACACUGACCCCCACUUCAUCAUCUACAUACCCCAGAAAGAGGACAGCCUGUGCUUCAACAUCAAUGAGGAACCUGGUGUGAUCUUGAGCCUGGUGCAGGAUCCUGACACAGGCUUCUCAGUGAAUGGGCAGCUCAUUGGCAACAAGGCCAACAGCCCUGGGCAGCAUGAGGGCACAUACUUCGGGAGACUGGGGAUCUCAAAUCCUGCAUCAGACUUUCAGUUGGAAGUGACUCCUCAGAACAUUAAGUUGAACCCCAGCUCAGGGGGGCCUGUGUUCUCCUGGAGGGACCAGGCUGUGCUGCGGCAGGAUGGGGUGGUGGUGACCAUCAACAAGAAGAGGAACCUGGUGGUGUCUGUGGACGGAGCAACUUUUGAGAUUGUCCUACAUCGAACAUGGAAGGGGAGUGCCAUCCACCAGGACUUUCUGGGCUUCUACAUGCUUGAUAGUCACCGGAUGUCAACCCGGAUGCAGGGGCUGCUGGGACAAUUCUUCCACCCCUUUGAUUUUGAAGUGUCUGACCUCCACCCAGGCUCUGACCCCACAAAGACAGAUGCCACAAUGGUGGUGAAGAACCGGCAGCUGACAGUCACCAGAGGCUUGCAAAAAGACUACAGCAAGGACCCCAGACAUGGAGCUGAAGUGUCUUGCUGGUUUGUCCACAACAAUGGAGCUGGACUGAUUGACGGCAUUCACACUGACUAUAUUGUUCCCAACAUCUUCUGAGGCCUCCAGCUAACAUGUCAGUCCUCCUCUGGAACCAGAGGAAGAAAAGGACAGCAUCAAACUGGCUCUACCUCCCUGAGCAUGUCGGGACCAUGACCCCUGUGUCAAAACAUCCUAUGAUUUCAUUAAAGAAAGGCCAUAUCCAGUU